UCUGGCAAAAAGUCUUUGACGAUUAGCAAUGUCUACGGCUUGGGUGCGGGCGCUGUGGCCGACAUUAAUGGCGGUAAAAAUGGCCGCAAAAAUGUGGACGAAAAACAAGAAGUGAAGACAAUUACCAAACCUUUAUAUGAGAAAUAUAUGAAAUCGUUGUCAUCGAAGGACUCUUCUGCCGGUCUAUUGGUUUUGGCCGAAGGACUGAACGCUGGGGAGGCUGUGAUCGCCACCCGUGAGGGUUGGCUCGACGUUAAGGGCGCCUCCGGUUUCAAACUCGGAUCCUAUACUGAGAUCUCUACCAGAGACAUGAAUGAAAUGAAUGGCCAGAGAAGUGAUGUCAUGAAUGAUGACAUUCUGGGCCUUAUAUUCAAGUAUUUAGAUCUCAAAGACUUGUUUGGUUUGCAACGAGUGUCACAACAAUUCAGCGGUUGUUCACAACAAGUGCUGAAGAAGAAGACAGAAGUGAGCGUUGGUUUCAAUGGCUUGAAGACGAGCUCAAAGUUGAGAUGUUUUAAACACAAGUUUGAUGUGAAAGACUGGAACCGCUUAGACAUCACACGAGCGGUCACUUUGAAAGUAGGCAGAGCUCUGGCAUUGAAUUACUAUAGACUCGCGUCUAUUGUCCGCCAAUUCCGUGCCGUAAAGAAAUUAUAUCUGUCGUCAAUUGUCAUCACUUUCAAGACAUUAGAGCUGAUGGUCAAUGAGUGGCCACAACUCGACGUGAUUUACAUCUAUGACAUCGAUUUCUAUGGCUCGAGUCAACACUUGAUUCAAUCGUCGACCACUCAAUGGUUACAACUUUUGGCAAAAGUUAAAAACAUAAAUAUCGGAAGUAUUCAACCGAAAUAUGUGUCAUCUCUAAAAGAUAUGAUCGCAAACUUGCCAUCACUUCAAGCGGUCAAUGUCUGGGGUUUAGUGCCGUACAAUCAGACCAUCAGACUAUCAUUACUGACCGACUGUUUGUCGGCAAACAUCCAAAGCCUACGAAUCGGUGUGACUCUAAUGGACUUCAUUCCGGCACUGGAUGUGAUCACAAGUAAAUGCCGGCAAUUAAAGCAAUUAUGGAUUUAUGAGAUACAAAUGCAUGGACUUAUGGGAGUCUUCGGAUUAGAGUUUGAUUACUGGGAAGAGUGGUUCGCAAUGAUCUGCGAUCGUCUCAAUUCACUCACGAGUUUAUACGCUGUUUUGGCCGACAUUUCUGCCAAAGAAUUUGCCGAAAGUGUGGCAAAACUCAAACACUUGACUGUACUUCACAUCAGUUCCGCUAUUUAUGUGCACCAAAUCUAUGAGGAGAAGCGGAUGUGUUUCGACACUCAAGAGAUGGCCAGAUAUAUGCAACCAAUGGUGUCGUUGAAGACACUAUCGCUGUGGGGACUCAAAUGUUCACCAAAUCGGUGGUCAAAUUUGGGCCAAAUCUUCCCGAAUGUCCGCCUUUUGAUUGUCGAUCACAUGUUUUAUCGCACGGAUUGUGCGGAAGGAGACGAUUGUAAUGAGUGUUACUAUCGGUGUAUGGAUUGGGUGUCAAAAAUGCCAAAUAUCCAGCGCAUAGUGAUUCGUAAUCUUCACGAUGGUUACAUCACAAGACAUAUACUGGAACUGUUUGCUGGUGUGGAUCAGCUCAGCUUUGAUUCCGAAGACAAUGGAAAUAUCAUACAUUUGAUCGAAGAGUUGAUCCAUUUUGUAGUCUUUUCGCUCGACAAUAGGCGUCGAGAAUUCCGGUUGAAUUUGUUGCCAAAAGUAAAGAGAGAACUGAUCCAAAGAAUGGCGACAAUGAAUGUACCAAUGAAUGGGCGUGUGAUUGUUGGCCAUGCCUUCAGUCUCAUGGAGGGAAUCGGAGCCAUCGGUGCCCUCAAAGUGACCGUCAGUUCUGGCAAAAAGUCUUUGACGAUUAGCAAUGUCUACGGCUUGGGUGCGGGCGCUGUGCAAGACAUUAAUGGCGGCAAAAAUGGCCGCAAAAAUGUAGACGAAAAACAAGAAGUGAAGACAAUUACCGAACCUUUAUAUGAGAAAUACAUGAAAUCGUUGUCAUCGAAGGACUCUUCUAAUGGUCUAUUGGUUUUGGCCGAAGGACUGAACGCUGGGGAGGCUGUGAUCGCCACCCGUGAGGGUUGGCUCGAUGUUAAGGGCGCCUCCGGUUUCAAACUCGGAUCUUAUACUGAAGUCUCAACGAGUGGUUAAAACUAAUUAAAACUAAAAUAUAAUUUAUUUAUCGUUAAUAAUAACAACUAAUUGUUAUAAAUCAUAACAUAUUUAAUCAAUAAAA